GUGUGUGACAAAACAUGGUACUCCGUACAGAAGUGUGUACAAGCAAGAACCACCCAAGAUAAAAAUUGCACCUUUGCACACAGCCAAAGGUUUAGGAGUCGGCGAUGAUAAUGUCCCCCUGUCUAUCCCUCCCUCGUCUUCCUUCCAAAGACUUCCUGUCAACAGCUGCCACCGGUUAUUUUCUCCCUACGGCCAGAAGUUCCGUCGUCAUCCGUCCAGUUGCGAAGUCGGUUGGGCAAAGCUGCAACCCGAAAGCAGUGCUAGCCCACGCUUCCUCAAGAUCUUCUGCCCCAACUUUGAGCAUCGCCACCUUGGAAUCGGCAUCGAGCGUGGUUAGAAAGUUCUACUCUGCAAUCAACAGCCGCGAUUUGGCCGCUGUCGAAAGCCUUAUAGCUGAGAAUUGUGUGUAUGAAGAUCUCAUCUUUCCUCAGCCCUUUGUUGGCCGCAAGGCUAUUCUAGAUUUUUUUGAGAAGUUUAUUUAUUCGGUUGGACAUGAUCUGCAAUUUGUGAUUGAUGAUAUAUCAGAAGAGGAUUCCUCAGCGGUAGGAGUUACAUGGCAUUUAGAAUGGAAGGGAAGGCAUUUUCCUUUUAGCAAGGGAUGCAGCUUUUAUCGGCUGGAUGCAAUAGAUGGGCAGAGGCAAAUACAAUAUGGGAGAGACGGGGUUGAACCUACAUUUAAGCCCGGAGAAACAGCUUUGGUUGCUAUCAGGGGCGUAGCUUGGCUGCUGCAGCAGUUUCCUAAAAUGGCAGAGCUGCUAUAAUGGAUGUAGGCAAGCAUCUUAUGCACUUCCUUGUGGUUAGGCAAAGCCAGCAGAAGAAAGUAAUGAUACUCACAGUCAAUAUUUGUCAUACUUCAAUAGGAAUGACAAAAUAUGUGCAUAUACUACCAUAUAAGAUACUAUGUACUCCGUAGUAUUUACAAGAAAAUUUGGAACUCGCGUGAAUUCUUAAUUCUAGUAAUUUUUAUAACAAACACAAACUUUUUUAAUGUGAAAAGUGCACAAAAGCAAUGAGAUGGGGCCUAGGUUAAAAGCGA